UUUCCAUGGCUAUCUCUAAAACUUUAUCUUUUGGUUUCCUUUUGCUGGUGAGUUUGGGCUUAGCUUCGGCGGCCCGAUCUCUUCUUUAUUACGAUAUGCCUCCUCAUCGAUCUGGAUACGAUAAUAAUUAUGAUAAUCAUCCUGUCGUUAACCCUAAAGUAGGAUACGAACACGACCAUCAUGAUGGAUACUACCAUGACCGUGACCAUCAUGAUGCACCUUAUGGUGGUGGUGCUGGUGGAGGAUAUGGAGCUGGAGGUGGAGCUGGCUCAUCUCUUGGAGGUUCUGGAUAUGGAAGUGGAGGAGGUGGUGGUUCUGGAUAUGGAGGUGUAGGAAACCAUGGGGUUGGUUAUGGUAGUGGUGGAGGAGGUGGAUAUGGAGCUGGAGUUGGCUCUGACCUUGGUGGUAGCGGAUACGGAAGCGGUGGUGGUGGAGGAAGUGGUGGAGGAUAUGGUGAUUUAGGAGGACAUGGAAAAGGGUACGGUAGCGGUGGCGGUGGAGGAAGUGGAUAUGGAGGUAGAGGAGACCAUGGAGUUGGAUAUGGAAGUGGUGGAGGUGGAGGAUAUGGAAGUGGAGUUGGUGGUGCAGGAGUAGACCAUGGUGUAGGUUAUGGGAGUGGAGGAGGAGGUGGGGCUGGUGGUGGUUAUGGUGGUUCCAAAGGAUAUGGAGCUGGAAGCGGCGGCGGUGGGGGAGCCGGUUAUGGUGGUGGAGCACAUGGAAGUGGAUAUGGAAGUGGUGGAGGAGCUGGAGCUGGAAGUGGUGAAGAAGGAGGAUAUGAUGGUGGAUAUGCACCUUAAACAAAGAAAAGAUCGAAAGAAAAAAAGAAAGCUCAAAGUUUAUGGCUAAAAUGAGAAUGCUUACCCUAAUAUCAAUGUGUGUGUGUUAGCAAAAAAAAAAUAAUAAAAGAAUUUGGGUAAGAAAUGUUAUAUUAAUUCUCUUUGAGUUUUUAAGUAAUUUGAAUGUAAUAUAUAUAAAAAAUUAAUAGCUAAUCCAUGUGUUCCAAAGUGAACAAACGUGAAGUAUA